CUGAUAAUGCCAUAACUGAAUUCGUUCCAGAAAAUGGCCUGCCACGACGUCUACGCACCGCAUACACGAACACCCAGCUGCUGGAAUUGGAAAAGGAAUUUCAUUUCAAUAAAUAUUUAUGUCGUCCACGGCGUAUUGAGAUUGCUGCCAGUUUAGAUUUAACCGAACGACAGGUAAAAGUAUGGUUUCAAAAUCGCCGCAUGAAACACAAACGCCAAACGCUGUCGAAAACGGAUGAUGAGGAUAACAAAGAUAGCCUAAAAGGUGAUGAUGAUCACUCCGAUAGUAAUUCUAAUUCGAAGAAAUCAUGUCAAGGUUGCGAACUACCCUCAGAUGAUAUACCAGAUUCUACUUCGAAUUCAAGGGGCCACAAUAAUAAUACACCAAGUGCUACGAACAAUAAUGCCAGUGCUGGGAGUUUGACACCCAACUCAACCUUGGAAUCGGGCAUAUCAUCGAAUUUAUUGGGCAGUACUACGGUGUCAGCCUCCAAUAUGGUCAGUGCCGAUUCCAGUGUGGCCUCCAGCGGCAGUUUAGAUGAUGACCUGGAAGAGGCUCCCAUAAAGGUGAAGAAAAAAGAUCAGGAUCAACACAUUAAAAAAGAAUCCGCUGUGGUCUCUACAUCCACCCAAAAGAUCUCACAAUAUUCGGGCUAUGAUACACCCAUAUCUAUGAGUGGUAGUGGCAGUGCUGGCAUUGGUUCUGGAUAUCGUCGUGAUUCCGAUACAUCAUCCCAGCAUAGCCAGGUCACCGCCAAUAGUAGUACCGGACCAAUUGUGGGUAGUAAAAGACGUUAUCAAAAUUCAAAUAAUUCGGUUAAUAGUAAUGCCAAUAUGCCCGGUGGUAUGCCAGCGGAUAGUAACACGACUGCAUUUUAUCCAGGAGGUUAUUAUGGUAAACAGCAACAACAACAACAAAUGCAACAAUCACCCCAACAACAAUUACAUGGGCAGACACAGCAUCCAACUCAACCACCACCAACUGGGCCAGCGGGACAAGAUUAUUACGGCAAAUAUGAUAUUGAAUUCGCUGCAGCAGCUGGUGGUUCACCCCAACAUUUGGUUCAUCGUCUUCAGCAGCAGCAACAACAGCAACACCACCAACAGCAGCAGCAACUUCAUGUACCCAAUGGUGAAUAUCUAAGUCCCAAACCAGAUUUCUUGUCUUCGGCACAGAGUUCACCACACCACAUGAAAGGUGGCAAUGGAGUUGGUGAAAAAUUGCAUCAUGGUGCGAAUAAUGUUUUCCCCACACAAGCACAACAUACCCAGCAUAUACAACAACCGUUCUAUAAUCACCACGCUGGUGGUGGUGAGGCCAUGCAUUUCCAAGCCAACCAUGGUUACAAUCAACAUUCCCACCAUGUGGCCGCCGCCGCCGGUGGUGGCGCUGUCUAUGGACCCCACAAUCAACAUCAACUUCCCAACGACUUUGAUGGUUCCGGAAAUUACUAUGAUCCAAAAGUGCACGCGGCAAAUGGUGCUGGUACCGGCUACUAUGAACAGCUCGGCUUCCAACAACAUCAAUCGGGUGAUUUCAGUCAUCACAAUCAGCAGCAAUUACAUAUGUCUCACAUUAACUCACCAACCGCCACGGCUUUGGGUAUACACAUGGAGGGUACUGGGCCACCAGCGGCGACACCUGGUGUUCAACACAACCAAAUGCAACAACAAUUUUACAAUAAUCAUCAUAUACAACAUCCACACGGACACCAUCCGCCACAUCACAGCCAUCCACAACAGGGUGCCGGCGGUGGUGUUGUUGACCAUCAUUAUAAUCCACAUGGGUAUAAUCAUCAUCAUGGACAUGGGUCACAUUUCGGGCAUCAUGAAAAUCACAUUGGACCUCCAAUGCCUGCUGAUGGGCUGCUGGAUAGUGAUCCACCGCCGCCACAUGUUCAAAUGCCCAGCAAUGUGGCUGUAGCCGGUAAUUUUGUUAAUCCCGCCAAUGUAACGCCAACAGCUGCCAUGACCCAGACACAUAACAGUAAUUUUUUUGAAUAA